AUGUCGAGGCUGGUAAAAGAAUACGCUAAAGUAGCACAAACUCUUAAAAAUGAUCCUACUUUCUCUCACAUCCUUGCAUUAGCUCCGGUAUCCGACGAUGAUCUCAAAAUCUGGGAAGCUACGUUGAAGGGACCGCCUCAAACGGCCUAUGAGGGACAUGUAUUCACUUUACAAAUCGAAAUUGAUGAUCGCUACCCUUUGAAGCCACCCAAAAUUCGAUUUAAUCCGCGAACGGCGCCUCAUUGCAACGUGGACUACGACUCCGGUCGCAUAUGCCUUGAUUUGCUCGAAACCGACCACUGGAGUCCCGCAUGGGACCUACUACACUGUGUACAUGCUAUUUGGCUACUACUUGCCAGUCCAGAGCCAGACUCGCCCCUGGAUAUCGACCUGGCUUGUUUGGUCCGAGCCAAAGACUACGCUGCGCACGAUGCACUUGUGCAGUAUUAUUUGAAUGGUGGUUCAAGAGGUCCUGCUAAGAGGUCUUGA